AAGCUAGAGCAAAUGUCUGACCAUUUGUUUGCGGACUCACGGGGUCGAGCCCGCAUGCUAGAGUGGUUUCAUCCUCACGCGGUUGCUUACAUCUCCCUCACUGUCAGCAACGAGAUGGACGCAGUAAAGGAGGCUCUCCGUGGGACACUCGAUUCCGUGACGCCACAGUUCCUCUUGACGUGGGACCUCAGCACUACUAUACAAGACAAGGUCGCGCUGAAAGCACCGAUCUUACAGCAUAUCCUCCGCUGUGCUGCUCAGACGGAAUGCGCUAUGGAAAGGAACAGGAUCAAAGAC